AUCAGGUGGGCCGUCAGCUUGCUUGCCAUUCUAAGUUGUAUAAAAAAAAAAAUCCUUUUUGACUUAUGUAUAUAUAAAUUGCAUAAUUUCGCUGUGUAUUUUUUUUAUGUAAACUUUAAAGGUAAAUAUACAGUUAUCACGCCAUAGAUAUAGUAUCUUGCGCCGCGACGCGCCGUGAAUCAAGCGGAAAGGUGAUUCACUGGCGACUCGAGAGAUCGUAGGUGACCGUUAUGAUUUAAAUUGUAAGCCGCGGCGGCAGCUGUCACAGCAUGCGCCACACGAAUUGCGGUACACACUUUUUUUACAACACAGGGGCCAAACGAGCACGCGGCUCACCUGAUGGUGAGUGACUACCGCCGCCCAUGAUCACCCACAACACUAACGACAUUGCAGGUGUGCUGCCGGCCUUUUAAAAAGGAAUAUGCUCUUUUCUUGAAGGUUACGAUGUCGUAUCGGUUCGGAAAUAAUGCUGCUGGAAGUUGAUUCCAAAGAGUGGUUGUGAGUGGAAGAAAGUGCAUUGAAAAACGCACGGUGGAAGAUCGCCACUCGACCGGAUGGUUGGGAUGAAACUUUAGUUUAUGGCGGAUUGUACGGUGGUGAAAAUCAGCAGCAGAACUCGUCUCUACAGUCUAACGGGCCAGUGCAUCUCAACCUGUUUGCUCGUGACCCCCAAAGGAUCGUGGACUUGCUCCGAGAGGAUGGCUCUUAAUAAGGAGCGGUACAAGGCAAACGUUCUCGGGGUAGAUCACCGACGCGAUGGACUGACCUCAUCAAAACGGCCACACAGCAGUCUAUUGUGGAAUGCUCUCGCUCGGCGGCGAACAGAAGUAGAUGGAGACAUAUUGCGAGGACCUCAAUCGCGAAGGAGAGCCUCACCGACGAUCCACCGUCAUUGUGAAAACCACGACCACUCUGCCAAGAGUGUACGACUGAAGAGAGAGAAUAAAUUAUAUGAAAAAUGUAUAUGAAGGAUCUUAACAAGAUCAAUAGAUGUCGAAAAAGUAAUUUUUAAAAAUUUUGUCUGUCUGUAUGUUUGUCAUCAGUUUGUGCCAGUAUCACGCUAAAGUUACCGCAUCACAUUGGAUGCGGUUUGGUUCACGCGAACGAAUCGAGAACUGCUCCUUUUUGAAGUCGGGUGAAAUAAGUAAAUUUUAAUUAAUUUCCUCAUUAAGAUUGUGUAAUUUGUUAUCUUGUAUUAUGCGCAUAUGCGCAUAUGUAAUGUAACUUCUCUUUUCGCUACACUUGGCCUGGAAAACUUCAUGACUUUUUAUUAACCGACUUCACAAAAGGAAGUGGCUCUCAAUUCGGUUGUCUUUUAUUUGUCUUACCUCAGAACAAUGGUCAUUUAAAAACUUAGCUAGUUUUUACCCGCGACUUAGACCGCGUGACCGGGAUAUGUUUUUUU